GGGGGCGCCAAAAGGGUUUGACUUGUUCCUGCUGCUAAUCAUAACAUGUGAGACGUGUAGAGUAUGUGUGUGUGGGUGUGUGUGUCUCAUUGUUGUUCUUGUGCUCCCUCCUCAUCUCUCUUCUGGCUUGUGCGUUCUUGGCAGACAGCUCGUAGUUUUCUCAGAGAGGGCAGGGACUAUCCGAUGUCAGACCUUCACACAUGGAAAGUCCACUUCCUACUCGCUGUAAAGCAAAUAACUGUUACAAUCAGCCUGAAGAAACACUACAAAACACAGACAUUGCGGCAUUUUUCUGCUUCCACUUGUGAAGGAGGAUGAAGUAAGAGGUGGGUCUCUGUUUACUGGGAGAAAACUGCUGCACAGAGCCACACUCUGCACCUGGAAAAAUGAUUCACCUCAUACCCAGACUCUGAGCUGCUCCUCUUACCUGUAGCGAAAGGACCAAAAGAAGACUUCAGAGGGAGAAUGUGAGUUCAGCUUCAGGCUUGUCUACAUUUUCUCAUACAACCUGUUCCAGUUCUGUGGACACUCAUGGAUACUGGCUAAUACCAUAGCCAGGUUCCUCACAUUUGGUCGAGAUGCUUUAGCAGACACUUUCUACUCCAUCGGCUUUGUGAUGAGCCUCUGCCAGCUGCUCUCCAUCCUCGAGCUUUUCCACAUCGCAGAUGGGAUUGAGAAAGCAAGACUCCUCCCUCGCUUCAUCCAAGUAACGGAGAAAAACCUGGUCAUGAUCAUGGUCAUCAUGCUGGAGGAGAUCCAGAGUAAACCAGUCGUGUGUGUGCAGUUCUUCUUGUGGAACAUUUUGGACCUGUUACGGUACCCACAUGAGCUGCUGCGUGCGAUGGAUAAACCCUCCAUCACCAUGCUGUGGACUCGCUACACCCUCUGGAUCCCCUUAUACAUCCUGUCUGUCGCCACUGAAGCUGUGACUGUAUACCAGGCUCUGCCAUACAUAGAGGCACUGAAUGCAACACACAUUCACCUCCCCUUCAUCCUGCUGGGCUACCUUUCUGUCCUCGCUCUUGGAGCCUCUGUGACAGUCUGGCAGCUGCUGAAGGAGAGACAACACCACCUGGAGAAAUGGAACAAGAAGAAAAGGAAAUGAUGCACUGAGUCAAAGAACUGAAUGGUUGGACCAUUUCAGUCCUCCAGAACCUUCAUCUGAUAAUAAGAUAAUGAGGACAGUCUGUUACUUUCUUUGUUUUUUCUAUAUAAGAACACCACACAACCUAAGUAACCAUACCAUUAAAAACUUCUCUAACACUUUUAAUGGAGAUAUAGUUUGACACAGCACAUUCCCCUCAGUGGCAUCCUCAUGUGUACUGAAGAGCGACAGUGGCAGUGCAGUUUCUAUCUCAGCUCAUAAAUGCUAAAGUCUGUGGUGCAGCAGUCAAAGCUGUCUCUGUGUCCAUGUCUAACUCAGGCAGCGAAGAUGAAGCUUGUGUGUUAGAGCUGCAGCACUGUUUUUGUGAAGACCCUCUGCGUAUGCGUUGCCAUGGUUACAGUAUGUUGUGGCUCCUCUGGGCUACCAGCCAUAAGCUCUGGUCCACACAGCUUUCUUCUUGAACUCAGUGGAGGACUUCAGGGCCAGCAGAGCAGCUGAAACAACAACACAGGACGAUCAGAUAAACCACUCUUAUAAUCAAACGAUGACUUUUCAUUAAGGCCAACAAUGUGUUUCUUGCUCUUGUGAAUGUAUGAAGUAAUUGUAUGAAGAAGGAAAGUAUGUGCGUUUCAGGUUGUCCUGGACUGGAUUUUUGCAAGCCAGUCGCAUUACUGAUGUUUUUGGAUAUCUUAUUAUGUUUACGCCAUAACAAUCGCAAUGUCUGUGUUUCCUCCCCUGCUGAGUUUUCUGUUCUGUUUAUGUUCAGUUUCUCACCAAACUCUGCUGUGUGUAUCCUGAAGACCUAACAAACAUGCUGGCUACAUCUCGCUCCACAUGAAAUAUUUGCAAAGAUGUUUUUACUAAUAUCAUUUGAUCCUUGUUAAAUUCAGUCAACAUUAACCACAGACAUCUUUUCAUCAUCAGUUAAAUCUUAGAUUUUCUCCAUGAAUUUGAAUUCUUUAUGUUCAGAGCUUUCUGAGGACACAGCCAUUAUUUUGAGGUGGUGGAAAAUACUACAUGUGAGAUUUCUGUAUUAAAGGACAACUCUGGUAUUGCCAUGAUUUUGAGAGUGAAUGAUUGAUUGGAUCAAAAAUCUGCAAUCGGUGCAGCACUGAGCAAGAACAGCUUACCCAGCCACCACUAACACUAACUGCUGCAAUGUAAUCAAAUGAGCAACUGUUCACAUCAAAGUACGUCCACUAAAGUGCUUGUUAUUAUUAGUGUCUGACAACAUUCUGGAUAGGUUUCCUAUGAGAUAGAGCUUUUUAUUAAAGAGUUAGAUCCUUUUUGUUUGACCAGAAACAUCACUGUUUAUCUGUACCAGACUCCAUUGACAAAAACACUAAUUUUACCAUGGACUUCCUGGAAUACCACUGCCUUGAUCAGUUACUUUGCUUGUGUUAUUUUUCUAACUUAUGUAAAGGAUCUGAAUAGUUCUUCCGACAACUGAAAGUCACACAAUAACACAAACAACCCUGUCAGUCGUUUACACCCCAUAACAUGGCAAAAUAAUGAGCAAGUUCAAAGAUACCAGAGUUAUCCCUUAAAACAGGAAUUAGUUCAUUCACACAUUUUUCACAUUAUCAUUUAAUUAGUGUUUGUUUUCAGAUGUCAGUAUAGUGUUUCUGUUAAAUAAAGCUUGUUAAUGAAAUGAAUAAUGAAUAUAA